ACGUCCCGGCACGGAAGUGUACGGCCGAACUCCUCCUGUCCUUGAUGGAGAAAAUGGGAGUCACGAAGCUGGCAGGCACACCCAGGGCUGAGAGGCUGGCACAGGUGGCAGGGACACUCGCUCAGGACAGUCACAAGGACACGAGGCAUUAUGGACAGGAGAUGGUGAAGAUGUUGCUUAGUAAUCAAAAAUUUAAAAAGCUUUUGGAACAAUCUCUUUCCACGCAUGACCUGGAAGAUAUCCUGAAGAGAAUUAAGAAGAAAGGGAUGGAAAACCAGAAGGCUGAACGCCCACCUGUGCAGGAGCCGGUGAAGAAGAGGAAUGAAGGCUCCAAGGAGCCCCAGGCCACAUCACCUCCUAGCAAACGGGCAAAGUCUGCCACUGGUGGACGCCGCCUACACCGUGCAAGAGCCCAGGUCACAUUACCUGCAUCUGUGGAAGAAAGGGAGCUGCUCCAGAAGCUUUACCAUCUCCUGGAAGCCAAGGCGUUCCAGACACGGAUGGAAGGAGUGGCACUCCUCCUAGACCUGUCCAAAACCAGACCCCAGCUGAUCUCCACUAACAUUGUCAAAAUUUUUGAUUAUUUUGGCCUGAGAAUCUGUGACACACAUAAGAAAGUGAAGCAGAAGGCGCUGGAGGCGCUGGCAGAAAUCAUAGGACUCCUGCAGGAUGCCAUGAACCCAUUGAUGAUCCGUUUGGUUGAAGGCAUAACAAAGAACCUAAACUCAAAGGAUCCCGGGGUUCAUGCUGCAGCUAUGACGGCUCUGGACCAAUCUGUUGUGCAUUUAGAUGAAGUAUCACUGAUGAAAGAGCUCUGCCACCAAUGGAGACAACUGAGUGGCCAAGCUCUGCUGGAUGUCACGGAGCGUAUCACAGUGCUUGUGGAAUGGGCUCAUGCCAGGAGCCCUGAAGCGGUCGAGCGCUACGCCCUGCCCGUGCUCUGGUCCUGCCUGGAGAACAAGGCGCUGCCUGUGCGAAGCGCCAACGUCUGCGCUGUGGUCACCAAGCUGGCCUGUGCCCUCUGCGAGGCACUGGGCAGCCAGAUCAUUAAGUUUGCUGACAGCACACCUCCACACGUGCAGGAAAACCUCAACAGCCUUCUGGGCUGGUGAAGGUUUGAUGUUCUCCAGAAAGCGGACAAAUUUCUGAGCUGGACACCACCGGACGUGACUUUUCAGCUGUGCCAGAAAUGACAAAAUACUAAGGAAGGGUGUGCAUCUGCCCCCGCUCUGUUAUCAGCAUUGCCCUUCCUAGUCAUGACAUGGGGGGCCUGAAGCAACAGCAGACUGAUGACGAGGUAAAGAUGAAGUAUGGAUCAGCCUCAAGUGAACCCAGACUGAGGAAAAGGUGAAGACUAAGCAUGGAUCAGCCUGAAGCAACUGCAGACUGAGGACAAGGUGAAGACCAAGCAUGGAUCAGUCUCACACAGAGAUACGACUGGCUACAGUCUUUCCAAGAAGUUUUCUCUGGACAUUUCUGAUACUCCCUUACCAAGAAAGUCCUUGCCUCCAGUCCAGAAAUGCUCUUUCCUCCAAGAUCAGGAAGAAGCUGCCAACUGUCCAAAGAAUGUUUCAAGAAUAGGAUUUAGGCUUUAGGAUUAUCAAGAAUAGGAUUCAUUAAGAAUAGGAUUCAUCAAGAAAAGUAUUCAUCAACAAUAGGAUUCAUCAAGAAUAGGAUUCAUCAACUAUAGGAUUCAUCAACAAUAGGAUUUAGGAUUUUGGAAUAGGUUUAAGCUUCAUAGUUGCAGAUGUAUCUAUGUUCUGAUAGUUUUGAAUAAAUGUGUUUGAUUGUAUAUUUAAAUUUUGAUGACAUAUUUUAAUUGUAUAUAUUUUAUUUUGAUGAUUUAAAAAAACUUAAAUGAAUCAAUUAAAUUUAAAUAAACCAAAAGAAGAAUGUGACACCAGGAUCUCCUGGAGAUUAUGGGA